GGAUGGCUCAUUUCUCCUGUGAAGACGAGGCCAGGCUGCAGACGAUGCUGAAGCAGUUAUUCCAGAGCCUGAAGGAGAAAAUCACGGGGGCGCCCUCCCUGGAGUGCGCCGAGGAGAUCCUCUUACACCUGGAGGAAACUGAUGAGAAUUUCCACAACUAUGAAUUUGUGAAAUACCUUCGACAGCAUAUAUGCAGCACCUUGGGGUCUAUGAUUGAAGAAGAAAUGGAAAAAUGGACAUCUGAUCAAAAACAAGGUGAAGAGUCUGGCUAUGACACAAUUGUACAGCAUGUUACUAAAAGGACUCAGGAAUCUAAAGAGUACAAAGAAAUGAUGCAUUCCUUAAAAAAUGUCAUGAUGGUUGUGGUAGAAUCUAUGAUUAACAAGUUUGAAGAAGAUGAUACACGAGGUCAGGAGAGACAGAGAAGAAUCCAGAAGGAGGAAAGCAACAGUUACUGCACGGACAAUUGUUCUGAUAGUGAUUCUUCAUUUAAUCAGAGUUACAAAUUUUGUCAAGGAAAAUUACAAUUGAUUUUAGAACAGUUGGAGCCUGGGCAACCUAAAGAGGUGAGAUAUGAAGCCUUGCAAAUAUUAUGUUCAACUCCUCCAUCUGAUGUACUGAACUGUGAAAAUUGGACCACUCUCUGUGAAAAACUGACAAUGUCUCUCUCAGAUCCUGAUCCUGUGUUUAGUGACCGAAUUUUGAAAUUCUAUGCACAGACGUUUACACUUUCACCACUACAUAUAACAAAGGAAAUUUAUACAAGCCUAGCUAAAUAUUUGGAGUUACAUUUUCUUUCUAGAGAAAAUCAUAUUCCUGCUCUUUCAACUGGUAUAGAUAUAAAUAACCCUCAUGUAUAUUGUUUACUUAAAAAGGUUCGUCUUCUAAAUGAGUAUCAGAAGGAGGUUCCAUCUUUCUGGAUUCGUCACCCUGAGAAGUAUAUGGAAGAAAUUGUGGAGAGUACUUUGUCUUUGCUAUCCAUUAAACAUGAGCAAAGCCAUCUUGUCUCUCAGAAGAUUUUGGAUCCAAUCUACUUUAUUGCAUUAGUUGAUACUGAAGCUGUGUGGUUCAAAAAAUGGAUGCAUGCAUAUUAUAGCAGAACUGCAGUACUAAGACUUCUUGAAAAGAAGUAUAAAUCUCUGAUAACUGCAGCUGUUCAGCAGUGUGUUCAGUACUUUGAGUUAUGUGAAACCAUGAAGACUGAUGAGAUUUUGGGACCUUCAAGGCAUUGUGGGAACAAGCAGAAAGGUUUAUACUACACAGGACAAGAACUACAAUAUAUAUAUUUCAUUCACUCGCUGUGCUUUUUAGGAAGAUUACUGAUCUAUACUCAGGGUAGGAAGCUAUUUCCUAUAAAGCUGAAAAAUAGAAAAGAUUCAGUAUCCCUUACAGAUCUGUUGGUUUUGUUUACCCGACUUAUCUAUUACUCACCAAGUUGUCCAAAGGUUACACCAGAAAAUUAUUCUCCUGCAAGUAUGGUGACUGAAGUUCUGCGUAUACUUUGUGAUCAUAAAGAAUGUGCAGUUGAAUGCUUAUAUAACAGCACUGUCAUUGACGCACUUCUCCAGCCUAUUAGUAAUUUAAUGAAAGGAACUAAGUCAUCUCUAAAUUGCUCUGAAACAGCCCUAAUUCGUAUAGCCGAUAUUUUGACAAGAAUUGCAUCUAUGGAAGAAGGACUUAACUUACUUCUUCAUAGUGAAAACAUGAGUUCUUCAGAUGGGAAAAGUCCUACAGGUGUCCAUAUAAUCGCCCAGUUCUCGAAGAAACUUCUUGAUGAAGAUAUUUCUAUUUUUUCUGGUUCAGAAAUGUUACCUAUGGUUAAAGGAGCCUUUAUUUCUGUGUGUCGCCAAAUAUAUGGUACAUGUGAAGGUUUGCAGGUGUUAAUUCCUUAUGCCUUGCAUGAGUCUAUAGCAAAGGCAUGGAAAAAGACAAGUUUACUAUCAGAAAGAAUUCCUACUCCAGUAGAAGGUUCAGAUUCUGUUUCUUCAGUAAGCCAGGAAUCUCAAAACAUUAUGGCUUGGGAAGAGAAUUUGUUAGAUGAUUUACUAAAUUUUGCUGCUACUCCCAAAGGACUACUGCUUCUUCAAAGAACAGGUGCCAUCAAUGAAUGUGUGACAUUUAUGUUCAACCAAUAUGCAAAAAAAUUACAGAUCAAUAAGCAUAAAAAGUUUGGCUAUGGAAUUUUGGUUACACAAGUGGCAUCAACAUCAGCAGGGGCUGUAGCACUACAGAGCUCAGGGUUUAUUAAUGCACUUACAUCUGAAUUAUGGGCUAAUCUGGAAUGUGGAAGAGAUGAUGUUAGAGUAACCCAUCCCAAAUCUACUCCAGUGGAUCCUAUUGACCGAAGUUGUUUAAAGUCGUUUUUGGCGCUGGUGAACUUGUUAUCUUAUUCUGCUGUUUAUGAGUUGGUAUACAAUCAAGAUCUUCCCAACAAAACAGAAUAUUCUCUUCGUGAAGUUCCAACAUGCAUAAUUGAUAUUAUUGAUAGAAUUAUAAUAUUGAAUUCAGAUGCCAAGAUUCAUUCUUUAUUCAACUAUGAACAAUCACACAUCUUUGGUCUAAGGUUGUUAAGUGUGAUCUGCUGUAAUCUUGAUUCACUUCUCCUAUUAGAGGUUCAGUAUCAAGUAUCUGAAAUGCUACUAAAUGCUCAAGAAGAAAAUAUGAUAGAGACCUCUGAAAACCAUAGGGAUUUUAUAAUUGAUGGAUUAUCAAUAGAGAGAAAUCACGUUCUUGUUAGAUUUAAUCUUAUUGGAGGGCCUAUGGAACGAAUUUUGCCUCCCAGGAUACUAGAAAAGGGUGAUGAUCCAUAUCCUUGGCCAAUGUUUUCAUCAUUUCCUUUACCAAAUUGCUAUUUGUCCAAAGGAACAAGAAAUGCUGAACUCAAACAAGACAAUGAUCUUGGGAAUUUUUUAUUGCACUCCAAAAUGCCUGAUAAACAAACUGAAUGGACAGAAAAUUGUCGAAAACAAUUUUGUGAAUUGAUGAAGACCAAGCCUGAUAUAAUCAGUGGAGGUGUUUUAAUAGAAUUACUUGAAAAAUUUGUGCUUCAUCUUUCGGAAAGCCCGUGUGACUGCUACUUCCCCUCAGUAGAAUACACAGCUAUUGAUGCAAAUGUGAAAAAUGAGACUCUUUCAUCUGUGCAGCAACUUGGCAUUAAAAUGACUGUCAGGUACGGCAAGUUCCUCAACAUAUUAAAUGAUGGCGCAGAAAAUGAUCUUUCCCUAGUUUUAAAGCACUGCGAGAGAUUCUUGAAACAGCAACAAGUUCCUGUAAAAUCUUCUCUUCUCUGUCUUCAGGGGAGUUAUCCUGGCCAUGACUGGUUUGUGUCUUCUUUGUUCAUAAUAAUGUUGGGGAACAAAGAGAAAACAUUCAGAUUUCUUCAGCAGUUCUCCAGGCUUCUGACCUCUGCAUUUCUUUGGUUGCCAAGACUACAUAUUUCUAAAUACCUACCUACUGAUAUCAUAAAAUCUGGCAUCCACCCUGUAUACUUUUGCAGCACUCAUUAUAUUGAAAUGCUACUAAAGGCAGAAGUGCCACUUGUGUUUUCAGCUUUUCAUAUGUCUGGUUUUGCACCAUCUCAGAUAUGUCUACAAUGGAUAACUCAGUGUUUCUGGAAUUAUUUAGAUUGGAUGGAAAUAUGCCAUUAUAUUGCUACUUGUGUUUUCCUUGGCCCUGAUUAUCAGGUGUACAUCUGUAUAGCUAUAUUCAGACAUCUACAACAGGACAUUCUACAGCACACCCAGACUCAGGAUCUUCAGGUUUUCUUAAAAGAAGAAGCACUGAAUGGGUUUCGAGUGAGUGAUUACUUUGAAUUCAUGGAAAAUUUGGAGCAAAACUACCGACCUGUACUACUGAAAGACAUGAGGAACAUUAGAGUGCAAAGUGUAUAGAUCGUAAAAUGCACAACUUAAUUUUGUUUUAUUUAUUUAUAAGAGAAACAAAGGAACUCGAUUGUCUAUAAGGAACUUGUGUACAUGAGUUGUGAAUAUUCAUAUAGUAAACCAAUGCUGAGGUUUUGGAUAUAUUCAAGUAAUUACUACUCAAUUUGUAACUUAAAGUAAAUUCACUUUUAUAAUCUCUUGUAAAAUUAUUUUAUGUCUUGUUUCUGUUUCCUUAUUGCUACUUAUAUUUAAAUGUUUAAGAGAUAAUUCCAAACCACUCUCCUUUUCACAAGAUGAUGAAAUAUUGUUUUUGUAGUAAGUCUGGAAAGAAGCAACACUAUUGUAAAUAAUUAUUUGACAAGCCAGAAAAUCAAUAGAUGUGAAUUAAAGACAAUUGAGCUUUUUAAAAAUAUUUUAAAUGCCUGAACAUAUAAAUUAAAAUAGAAAAAAAUCACAAACUUAACAUAUGUGGGAACAAAUGAUAUUUAUCAUGGAAACUGGUAAGAAAACUUACCAGUCUUCAAGCACAAUUGUUUUUCUAGAAACUUCUUUUGAUACUUCAUCAAUUUGUAAUUUUUCAUAUGAAAUGUACUCUCUACCAUACAUGGUUCAUUUAAAAGAUAGAUUGUUUUUUUAAAGAUAAAUUGGCUAUUUCUUACUGAUAAACAUUUAACUCAUUUAUUUUACGUUCUCUUAUGAUAAUUUGAUUUGAACUGAUUUUGAAACCAUCGAAAAAAUAGAGCUCUAAAUUAUUAAAUGACAGUCUGUUUUUAAGUUGAAGUAUGCUCUGAAGACAAUAUAAUCUAUGAGAAUCUAUUUUACUAUAACGUAAUGGGCUCAUUUAAUAUGAGUUAUAUAAGAUAAAUAAUGUUUAUAGUUACUGAUUUUUGCUCACCAAUUUUACCAAUUUUCAGAAAUUAUAAAUUGGGGUCAUUUUUUAGAAAUUAAAUCUAAACAUGAAAUAACCAUUAAUGCCAUUCACAAGCUUUUUUCCCUUUUUUUCAUAAAUGGCUUAAUUUUAAACUCAUUUUCCUUUUAAUUUUCCUUUUGACAAUCAAACACUAUGAUACAGUUUUCAAUUUAGUGACAUUUUGACUAUUAAAAUAUCAUAUUUUCAAAAUUGGGUUUUGUGCUGUAAAUGCCUUUAAUAACUUCUCAGUAAGUGUGUUCCUCAUAGGCAUUGAAAAGUUGAGAAAAGCAAACAAAGCAAAUUAAUUUGACAUAUUGCUCACUUUAGGCUAAUAUGCAUUAAGUGAAAGAGUCCUGAGGCAACCCAAAGCACCAAAGCUUUGUCAAUAUUCAAAUUUAAUAUUGAAGAGAUUUUCCCCAGAACCUCUAAUGCUUUGCUUAUGGUUUUACUAUUUCUAUUAUUCUGAGUUAUUGUUUUGGUCCAAAAACAUGUAGCUUUCUUUUUUAAAAGCUCUUGUACUAUAACUGUACAUGAAAACAGAAGGAACUGUAACUUAAUUUUGUGUAUUUAUUGCUGAUUUCUAUUGGAUACUAUAGAUCUGGAAAAGAAUAUUUGAAAACUUGACUUUCGCAGAUGUGAAAGAAGA